UUCUAUUUCAAUAAUUAUGGGUUGUUGUUCUAGUAAAGAAGAUCAUGACGAAGAUGAUGUUCGUGUACCAUUACUUGGCAAUGAAGUCACCAAUGACAAUCGAAUGAAUUAUCCACCUCAAGAAAAUAUUGACCACAAACAAGAACAAGAAUUUUGGAAAGAUGUCGUUGACCGAACAACUCAGAAUCUUAUUGAUAUAUCGAGUUCUCAAACUGAUCCACUACAAGAACAAGACAUUCAAGAACGAACAGAUAAAUAUCAUGAUUUACUUGGUCAAGUAGAUAGUGCCCAGACUUAUGGAAACAACCUGAAACCAUAUGGCAAUGGUAUCGAAAACAACUCUAGCAGUAGCAGUAGUAACAAUAGUGGUGGUCAAUCACUAACAUCCAACAUGACAGGUGCAGAUAUCUCUGCCAUUGAUACCAUGAUAUCUACAGCAAGGUCCAAUCAUACUUUAUCAGAAGAACAACAACAAUGGUUUGAUCAGGCUGUCCUUGAUAUCGAACAAGCUCUCAAGAAAAUCCAAGUCCAACCUGUAGGUGAUAUGGUCGUUCAUCUUACCAUGCCAGAUUCUACCUCUAUUUCAUCAUAUUAGUCUCCUCCUCUCUUAUUCUUUCUUCCUUAUCUAUCCACUUUUACAUAUGUAUUAUCCUACAUCAUCUUCUUUUCAACAUACAAUUGAUAUUAUAUUCCAGAUCAUCAUCUAUUCUUUCAUUUUUAUAUAUGAAAAUUUUUAUUAUCUAACUGAUAUCAUCAUACUCUUAUUCUUUUAUAGUUGCCCAAUAAUAAACUGUCUAUCAUAUUUUAUCAACAAA